CCGUUCGCAUAUAUGACGCUUCACAAGCCCCGGAUUAAUCACCAAGAUCUCAUCGAUUUGUCUUCGAAAACUUGUAAACGAUUCGAUUAUUUAAAAGGUAAACGACGACUAACAGAACCACAAGUGAGGAAUCAAGUCUUCGAUAUACAAUUCUUUCGAUAUAGUAAUGAAUAAAGACCAAAAUGCUAACGUUUCAAGUGACUGAGCAGUGAAAUACAAAGGUUGCCAAGGAUAGCAAUGAUGCUGAAACAUUUUAGAGAAAAAUCCUGACAAUUAGCACGCAAACUUAAAUAGAAGUCUUUUCAAAAAUGACCUGAGUUGAUCCAGUGCAUAUAUCUAAUCCAACAUGGCCACUGGUGGCGUACUUCCGGGACCACAUAGGACUCUAAAGCCUGCAGCAGAGGGGAAAUGUACAACUAAACUGUUUCUUUUCAGCAUAUUAAUGACAUGUGUGAUUGUCAUUAUUUCGCUGCAAUAUAAAUAUAUGACGUCUGUUACUGUGAUCCAAAUGUUACCGAAGAUAAAUGGUAUCAACAAUCUUAUAAAAGGGUAUUUGCCAGGGCCUUACACUCUUGUUGGACCUGACCAGAAAUUGAAUAUAGAGAAGGGGAAUUUCACUGCUAAGGUCCUGGUAGAUGAGCAUGGUGAGGAAGGAUUUCAAAAUCACCACAGUCAUAUACUAGAAAUCACUGAUAGAACAAUUGCGAUAGGAGGUGGCAUUACAACAAGAGGCUUGAAAGAAUUAACUGCAGCUAGUAUGGCUUCUAAACUGCCGUUAUUUAAACGCUUACUUCCAAGUUUUUGUAAAACUGCAAGUAAAGGAUUUAGCUAUCAUUACUAUUUGGCACAUGAUCACAAUGACCCAUAUUUUAGCUUGCCCAAUUCUCAUGAAAUGUUCAGUAAGGAAUUUAAUGCUGCUGUGGAGAAACAUUGCCCUUCAGACAUUCCAGUUAGAGUCCAUUUAGUGCGCUGCAGUCACGCUGGGAAACCAGCCUGGGCCCAAAAUGAUGCAAUGUGGGCAGCGUAUCUUGAUGAUAUCCCAUUUUUCUAUCGUGUCAAUGAUGACAGCGAUAUGAUGACAGGAGGAUGGUCUGAAGUUUUUACAGAAACAUUAAAGAAAUAUACACCCCCUUAUGUAGGAGUCGUAGGCCCUGCUCAUAGUGGUGGAAACACUGCCAUUUUAACUUACGAUUUUACCCAUAAGACUCAUCUAGAUAUUUUUGGGAUAUAUUACCCACGAGUAUUUACAGAUUGGUACGCGGAUGACUGGGUAACGAAGGUGUAUCGUCCCGAUCGCUCUACCAAAUGUAAAGAUAUAAAAUUGAAGCAUACAAUGGAAACUGGUACAAGAUACAAAGUUGAUUUCAGAGUUGGACAAAAGUUACAAGCAGCAAUCGACUCAAACCAGAAAAUACUGAAACGUUACAUAAAGUAUAGAAAUUCAACCCACCCUACUAAAGAUCCAAAAAGUCAGAAAAUAAUUUCAAUGAGUCUUUAUUCAAAUAAAACAUCUAGAUUGAUUGGAGCUGUUCGUAGUGCACAGCUUACCCCUGUCAUGUUUCCUGGCUGGACAGCACGAUUUUACAUUGAGAAAACAGUUGGUAUAUCAAAGUAUGAUGUUAUACCAGAGAAUUUAAUAAGAAAGCUUCAGCUUCUAGGAGCCCAAAUAUUGUAUGUGGAUACUCAAGCUACGAAUGUUUCACCCGAAUUAUGGCCAUAUUUGGUUAGUGAUGAUUCAACAGUUGAGAGAUUUAUUAUCCGAAACGUUACAUUCCGUAUGACAGAUCGUGAAUUCACAGCUGUUGAAGAGUGGACCAAAUCUAAGAGAACAUUCCAUUGUAUUCGGGACCACCCCUCUCAUACAACUCCUAUCAUUCCAGAUCUCAUUGGUGGUGUUAAUUCGGGGAUAAAAACCCUCUUCUCAGGGUCUUGGCUGGCGUAUCUAGGCCAAGAUUUCUUGGAGAACCUGUGGGAGAAUCAAAAGGAACAUUUUUACUGCCACGAUAGCUUUACAUGUAAAAGCCAACCACAAUCAUUCCCAUUUGUUUCCCCUCGAGAGGGAGACACUUUUAUUGGAGAGACAUAUGAUGGAUAUCAUCGACCAAUCGACAAUAAAGAUGUUGAGGCUUUAACAAAGGCUCAGCUAGUACCUCAAUGUCUUGAUCCUAAGAGCACAAUUGAUGUGGUAGGACUUCCGAAACAUGUUACGAUAAUACCGUCCCAUCCCCCCGCAGAUUCAGAUAAAUCACCAGUCAUUCCAGAUGCAGCAGUUAAACAGCCAAUUGUUAAUGUGACGUCAUUUGUCCAAUCUGCUGCGAACUCAACGAAACUCUCAACUAAUGGCACAUCAACUUAG